UUGAUUUCUUAAUUAAUUAUGGUUCUCUGACCUCUGAUACUCAAUCUUCAACUUUCCUAAUUUUUUUAAACCCAAAUAUAAACAAUGUCGGGUGGAGCCGGUUCUUCUGAUGGAUGGGGGAUAAGAACAAUGAUAGAAGAGAGAAUAAUCUAUAAAAGGGGCUUUUCUCCGAGUUCCGUAUUUUCCUCCGAUUUUUCACAAAGAAGAAAAAGAAAAUACGACUGCUACUUUUCAGAGGUGAGAGGAUCUUCGAGGAUCUCUUGGGGUGAUCCCCCGACCUCUUGCAGCGCAGGCCCAGUGGCAGAAGACAUGUUUCAUUGGCAAGCUACGAUCAUGGGGCCACCUGACAGCCCUUAUGCUGGUGGAGUUUUUCUAGUUACUAUUCAUUUCCCUCCAGAUUAUCCAUUUAAGCCACCUAAGGUGGCUUUCAGGACAAAGGUUUUCCACCCAAACAUCAACAGCAAUGGCAGCAUUUGUCUUGAUAUUUUGAAGGAACAAUGGAGCCCAGCUUUAACCAUUUCCAAGGUUUUACUGUCGAUUUGCUCGUUGUUGACGGACCCUAACCCUGAUGACCCUCUUGUGCCUGAGAUUGCUCACAUGUACAAGACGGAUAGGAGCAAGUAUGAGACAACUGCACGAAGCUGGACCCAAAAGUAUGCCAUGGGCUAGUGGUUUCUGAAACUCAAGUUGUCCUUUUCCUUUUGCUACUUUUUUUUCUCAAGAAAAAAAAAAAAAUGUAAUGACUAAUGUCUAAUGAUGAAUGAAAAAUGUGUGAAUUAUGUUUUAUGUAAGAUAAAGAGGGUUUAGAAGGAAAAGGUAACAAACAUGCUCCACCUUAAAUAUUUUUAUUUAUUUUCUUUCCUUUCUUGAACAAUUUAAUCUUCUUC